AUGAGGGAAGUCAACUUCAGCAUCCCCAACGUCAACAAGGCGUCGGUGGGCAUCACCACCGCCUUGUAUGACCGCCGGGCCCUCGACUGCACCUCCACCCUGCCUCUGAUUAACUCGCUCAAUCACUUGGCCUACCUCACCACAUCCUCGGCACGCAUUCGAGACAUCUUGACCGUCGAUGGCGGCAUUGAACGGUUGGUAUGCAUCCUCAAGCAGGGCCGAAGCAAGGAUAUGAUGGACAUGUGGAAAUGGAAUCUCGCCUUCCAAUGUGUUGUGAACAUAGGGGUUCGCGGAACCGAAGCCGUCCGCACCAGGGUCGUCGAAGCCGACAUGGUUCCUGUCAUCGCCACCAUCCUUGACAACUACAUCAAAGUCAUCGAGAAGUGCCGCGAAAAGGCUGAGGAGGCGAAACAGAAGCAGCUGCAGGAACAUCACCGACACAGGGGUCAUGAUCACAGGGGAGGAUCAAAGUCCUCGAGCUUCACCAACAGAGCAAUGCGUCUCGAUGUUGACCAGAGAACGUUCCGCAGACAAGCGCCGCCUCCCUCCAUCGAUGUAUCCGCUGCUGCUUUUGGCGCUCCUCCUCCUCCCCCUCCUAUCGACUCAACCACCGCCGACAUGACACCUACCAUCGCACAAUACCCUGUUUCGGCUCCGUCGCCUCCGGAGCGACCUCCCUUCCAUGUUCACCGGCAUCAUCACCAUCAUCACCAUACCACUCGGCAAAGCGUCGCUUCUCCUUCUCGUCAAAUCAUCCAGCCACUCGCCUCUGCUUCGUCCUCGACCGAUACCACAGAUGGCUACAUCAGGCCUGUGCGUGAUAUCGAUCGGCUAGCAUCAAUGAUGCCGUUCGUCCAUCCCAGUAUGACUUCACAGCCCACGUCGCCGACGACUCCCCUGCCUCCUCCACAGAUUCGCUCUCCUACCGUGCGCCCUGUCUCCAUGCUUGCACCUACUGGUAGAUCCCGUCGGCGACCGUCGAUUCGUCAUCAGAACUCCACUGCCGACUCGGAUGACAUGAAUGGUGACAGCAUGCAGUCAGACGAAUCUCCUGAUGCCGAGAUGUCUGGGACAGCUGAAAUUCAGCCAGCCGUCGGAAUCCAGGAUAUCGCAAUGGAGGAAGGUGAGAGCAUUCUUGCAGGAGCGGCUCUAGACUUGACCACCCCUACGGUCUCGGAGGCCCAGGAUGCUGGGACAUUCAACAUCACACAUCGUGCACCAAUUGAUGGUAGCAUCGUCAACACCACCGCAGCUCCGACACCUGUACCAAACAUGGGCUUAUCGCCGAACCGGCCCACGAUGGUCAGCCCUCCACAGCCGACAAUGCCGAACGCGAGCGUCCCUCGUUAUCUUCUCGAAAGGCAGCUGACUCCGAACCCGCAAAUGCUGGCAGCCAUGCCUCGGGAGGAGGACGUCUUGAUGUCUCUCCAACUGCUUGCCUAUGUCUCCAAGUACUGCAAUCUCCGCACAUACUUCCAGAAGAGUCAUCUCGUCCCCCGGCUCAAGAUUGGCAAGGAGCUUCAGCUUCUCGAUGGAGAUGAUGUCGUCAUUGACUCUCCAAUCGAUGACGAGUAUGAAGAGGAAUACCUUCUCCCCAAUGACCUGAACAUCUUCCCUCUAGUCGAGAAGUUCACUGUUCGGUAUCACAGCACCGACAUGCAGUACUGGGCCGGAGUUGUCAUGAGGAAUCUGUGUCGCAAAGAUGACACAAGAGGGGGUAUCCGCCAGUGUGCUUACUACCAAUGCGGCAAGUGGGAGGAGUAUACUCGGCAAUUUGCCAAAUGCCGACGCUGUCGACGAACGAAAUAUUGCAGCAAGGAGUGCCAGAAGAGUGCAUGGGCUUUCCAUCGUCACUGGUGUGUUGCUGCAACGCAAUGA